AUAUAGAUUGCAUGAGAAUUUCAGAGGAAGUGUUUAAUUUCACGGAUGAAGGAACAUAAAUUAAAUUUUUCCCGAUUCCAAAUAGGCCCUAAAAUACUGAAGAGAGGGGCACUUGCCUUUUUUAUUUUGUUUAUCUUUGAUUAAGAAGCUAAGACUAUUUUUUGUUUUUUCUAUUUUGUUUAUCUUUUCUCCUACAACUAUAGUUAUAUGACUAAGGGGGUGUUUAGUUCUCUUUGUAUUUCAAAUAAAAUUUAGGUUUUGUUCAUCAUUUUGCAUAAUAGAACUAAACACCAUGCAAUUUUUUUUGGCAAAAAGGUGAUUAUUUUUCAUUUUGGAUUUUAGCCUUAAGAGGCCAAAAAAACCCAAAAGAGCCUCAAAAGGCCCUCAUGAGGACAAUAAAUUCUACAUUUUGGAUGGAACUAAACAUAACCCUAAAAAUUUUAGCAUUUUGUAUACCAUCAUUCCAAAUUAGUUGAUAUUUUCCAUUUUAUGGGGAACCAAACACCCCAUAAAAAACAAAAGUAAGAGCAUCUCUAGCAAUCCCCCAAUACCACCCCUCAUCCCCAUAAAACUAUCAUAUUGGGGGAGAUAGACUAUUUUUUCUUCUCUAGCAGUCCCCAAAUACAUCUCCUUUUCUUGGUGGCCACCAAUAUUUUUCUCAUCUCCCCUCAAAGAAAUGGGGAGAUACAACUUCCGUAAUACCAUGGAGACCAACCCAACUAUCACUUUUUAGACAUUUUCUCUUACACUCAUGUGAUACCCACCCUUCAUAUGGGUAUUGGGGAGAUAUAUUGGGUACUACUGCAGCAUCUCCCCUAGUAAAUCUAGAAAGCGAUAUUGGACUAUCCUAAUACUAUUUUAUUGGGGGAGUUGUAUUGUGGCACUUUUAGAGAUGCUCUAAGACAACCAUUUCGGGUUCACUUCUUUGCGUCGCUCCGUCUCGCUCUGCGAUCCCCGGCUCUUGGCCGCGCACAAGGAAUAUUGCUUUAAAAACGGAAAGCCACAAUCACAGCAUCCCCGUGCAAUGGAUCCGAGGCAGCACUGAUCCUCCAUUAGCAUUCUAAUGCCCUCGCUAGAUUCAUCUGCCCAGGCGACUCAGCCUCGCGAGCCCUCACCUUUUGCUUGGCACCCCCGCUAGCCCUGCUUGAGGGACUGAGACUGAGGGAGAUGCACACCCACCGGAGCAUCACAAUCGAUCAAUCUUGCGUCCUUUGACACCCAGCCAAACCUUCCCCUCCAACCGCCACUGCUUCUGCCCGACCGCCGGGGACUGCAUCCGACAGGUGGAGAAGUUACAGUGUGGAAGAAAAGGUUCCCGACCAUGGCGAGUGCGAAUCUGCUGCGGAGGGAGGAGUUCUACUCCCUCUUUGAUUCUACCAAAGGCGAUGGCGCCAUGUCGCACACACAGCUAAUCGAGAGGAAGAUUGAGACCCUCGAGGACAUGGCCACCAAGGUCAGUAACCAGAGAUCACGAAAGUGGUUGAAUGACCGUUUGUUGAUUGAACUUGUCCUGCGUCUUCAUGUUGAAGAAAUCAAAGGCCUUUUUGCUCCUCCACCAUGGGGUGAGGAAGUACCUUUGUCAGCAUUCUGCAGGACAAGUGUUGGUGAAUGGGAUGCCUUCAGGAGCAUUGACAUGGAUGUGAGGUAAGAUUGAUGCAACAUAUGAAAAGAUCAUCGGAAAAAAACCAGGAAUCAUGUGGACGAAGGGGAAUUGAUUGCGCUAAAUGCCUGGCACCAGAUAGAGAUCGCCAAACUAGAGAAGCAAUAAAGAGAAAUUUCCUUCGUGAUCUGCUUGAAAUAUAUGAAGUACUGCCUUAUUUCCUCAAGUUUUGACUUCUAUUUAGUGAAAUGAUUAUAAUGGAUCAUUAGUUUCUCUUCUAAAGAAUACAACAGAGUUCUUGAUUA